AUGGUCGAUGUCGAUAUAUACAACAAAGGCUGCGACCAUGACGAAACUGGUCAACAUUACAACGAAACUGAAAUCCACAGAGUUGAUACAACUACGACCCAGCUGUUGACAACAAUACGCACCGUAUGGAGUGACAUCUUAAAACAUUUCGAAAUAGGGGAUUACGUAGGGGUUGACGCUGGCGUUAAUGCUGGACGAUCGGGUUGGGUCGUGGACAUCAAGGGAGAUGAAAUACAACUAAUCGAUAAGCAAGGCACUACAAAAGACCAGCAAAUCAAUACAGCCGACUCGAUGUUGGAGGCAAAGCCGACUCGAUAUGAUCCGUCGAAUCCCUUCAAGAAAAUUGUUUUGAACAGAGACGACGUACUGGAAUACAGUACCUUUGAGCCUCUAAGCCUGUCGAAGACGUAUGAUUCGAACGCUGUCCACCAGUCUCGUAACUUCGCCAACCCAUCGAUCAUAAUAACCACAGGAACUGAAAGCGCUGACAGUGGCAGACAUACACCAUUGCCUGAUACUAUUGAGGACACCUCGCCUGCGUGGGAUCCAUCUGACCAUUCAGAAGAUUUAACAAGCAUUAGCAUAGGAACCGUCGUCGUAAAUUCAAGCGACGGUACCAACGUUGCAUCUUUAACCACUCCUUGUAAUCUUUUGUUGAAACGAGAGCUGAUUGGAGUUCCUUUGACGGUGGAAGAGGCAACCGUCGAUGGACACGUUUCUCCGUUGUUUGUAAUCGUUCAGGAGGACGUGGAUGGGCAGCUGUGCAUGAUGCGAUUUACACCCAAUUCGAAGCGGACGUUACGGAUUGAAUCGACCCAUAUAAAGCCCAAACAUCCUACCAUCAAGCACGACUUUGGGUUAUUAGCCAUCAUUGAAGGAGAACACGCGGGUAAAUGCGUCAGACGUGUGCAUUCUAGGAAGGAUACCAAUGGCGUGGUAUUGGUGGUCAAACAAGUACUGCCCACUGAUCGAGGAGCUGAUCAAAUAGUGGAUGGCGAGCUAUUGACGCCAACCGAAAAUUGUUGUGUGGCCUAUGAAACUCAAAAGAGAAAGAAUGCUAAUCGGAAUCAGAUGAGACACGAACACGAUAUUUACAUUAGUACUCAUUUGCCAUAA